AUGGAAAAUAAGAAAAAUGUAUGUGUGGUUGUUUUGGGAGAUAUAGGAAGAAGUCCUAGAAUGCAGUAUCAUUCUUUAUCUCUGGCAGAAGUAGGACACACAGUUGACAUAAUUGGAUAUGGAGAAACUGAACCAAUGGAAGAAAUUAAAAAAUCUUCCUCAAUCUACUACCACUACUUGUUAUCACCGCCUACUUUACCACAUAAAUUAUUAAAUUAUGUACUUAAAACCAUCUGGCAAACUCUUAAUUUAUUAUUCUUGCUAACAGUUACUAGAAAACCUGAUAUACUUAUUGUUCAGAAUCCACCAGCAAUUCCUUCGUUGUUAGUUUGUUGGCUGUUUUGCUUAAUUUUUAGAAGUAAGUUUGUUAUAGACUGGCACAACUAUGCACAUUCCAUAAUGGCCUUAAAUCUUCCCAAGGAUAAUAUCCUAGUAACUAUUACAAAAAAAGUAGAAUAUUUUGCUGGAAAAAGAGCUGAUCACAAUUUUUGUGUUACAAAUGCAAUGAAAAAAGAUCUCAGUGAUAAUUGGAAUGUAAGUGCCACAACCUUAUAUGAUAAACCACCAACAAUUUUUAAAUCAAUAAGUUUGGAGGAAAGACACAAGUUUUUGAGCAAGUUAGGAGAAACUUACAAACAAUUAUUGUGUGAUGAUGGUUCUACAGUUUUUACAAAAGAUACCAGUACUGGUGUAAAUAUUAAAAAUAAUAGACCAGGAUUAUUAGUAUCUAGUACCAGCUGGACUGAAGAUGAAGAUUUCUCUGUGCUGUUUACAGCCUUGCAAGAAUAUGAAAAUCACAUUGUAGAAGGAAAUGUAAGAAAAUUACCUCCCCUAUUCUGUUGUAUAACUGGUAAAGGGCAUCUUAAAGAAUACUAUUGUAAAAAAAUUGAGAGAGAAAAUUGGAAAUAUGUUAAAGUUCUAACCCCUUGGCUUGAAUCUAAAGACUAUCCAUUGAUGUUAGCUUCUGCAGAUUUGGGAGUGUGCCUUCAUACAAGCUCAAGUGGUUUAGAUUUGCCUAUGAAGGUAGUCGAUAUGUUUGGAUGUGCUUUACCCGUUUGUGCCUAUGACUUUAAAUGUUUGAAUGAAUUGGUUCAACAUGGAAAAAAUGGUUUUAAAUUUAGCACACCUGAGGAAUUAUCCAAGCUCUUAUUGGAUUGGUUUCAAAACUUUCCUAAUGAUCCGGUUCAACAAGAAACAGAACGAAAAUUCAAAAAUGAACUAGAGACAUUCCAAAAACUAAGAUGGAGAGAGAAUUGGACUCAAUGUGCAGCUCCUGUCUUUUCAUAG